GUCGUAACGCGAGCCCUAAAACCUGUGAAUACACUAUAAGACUGGAAACACUGUAUAUAAAAGUGUGCGAAGUCUAUGAAACAUCUGUUUAAUCGUUUCGGUGCUCUUUUUGUGAUCACGAUUUAUGCGUUAAAAAGGUUUUCUCAAUUUGUGACCAAAAUUUCAUUAAGACUAACCUUCCAUAAGGGCUACACUCUUGGCAUUUCAAGGCAACUGAAUUAGCUUCAGUUUACAAGUUGUCUCAUAAACAGUGAUUACAGAAAUGGAAAGUCAAAUGGAUAUUCGUGUACAGUCGCGGAUCGCAAUGCUUUCUCAGACCUCCACAUUAGGGAACAAGAAAUUCAAAACAUUCAAAAUGAAUAAACCUAUUAAAGUGUUUCGCUCUAAGUCUCAACUCUUGAAAGUCCCGAUCGAUAGCCCAGAGUUCGCCCGUCAUAUGGACGAAGAGGACAGGUUUGCCUCUUUCAGGGAUCAGUUCGUCUUCCCAUUGAAGAAGGACCUGCCUUAUGAGUGCUCUCAAUUAGGAGUGCGACACUCGCUAGUUCGUUUGUUUGACGAGACCGAGGAAUGUCUGUAUCUGUGCGGACAGUCACUGGGUUUGGAGCCGAAGCCAUUGGGGAAAUAUGUGAACCAAGUGCUGGACAACUGGGCCCAGAAGGGAGUGCACAGUCACUUCCACGGCUACCUUCCCGCAGCCCUGUCCGACCUGAUGCCAAAGGCGCCGAUGGCUCGCAUAGUGGGGGCCAAACAGCAUGAAGUGGCUCUCAUGAACGCACUGACAGUCAAUCUGCACCUACUCUUAUCCACUUUCUAUCGGCCUUCACAGCGAAGACAUAAGAUUAUUAUUGAGGAGCACGCGUUCAGCUCUGAUAUGUUCGUUGUGAAGUCACAAAUCAGAUCCCAUGGCUUAUCUCCUGAGGACAGUCUGCUAUGUCUUAAGCCCCGACCGAACCGACCUGAGCUGGUCUCAGCCGAUACAGUACAGGUGCUAAAUAUUUAG